GAGAUGACUUUUCUCCCUGGACAUGUGAGGAUAUAAUGAGAAAAUGGCCAUGUGCAAACCAGUAAGAGGGCCCCACCAGACACCAGCUCUGCCCACAUCUUGAUGUUGGUCUUCCCAGCUUCCAGAACUGUGAGAUAAAUAUUUGUUGUUUAAGCCACUCAAUCUAUGGUACUCUGUUACAGCAGUCCAAACUGACUAAGACAAAUCCCAGAACACAUUUACAAAUAAUAAUGCUAAGAAAGAUAGAAUACAGAAUAAAAAAUUAGAAGAUAGCUUCAUUUUAAAUUAAAUAAAAAGUUAAAAGCUCGACAAAAUGUUUAAGUACGAGGUUCAAAGAAACUUUUAAAAAUUUUUGAAGAAAAAUCAGGCACCAAUAAUAAACAUCAGUUGGUUUUUAAAAAAUUUAGAAAUAUCAGAAAAUACCUUCCUUGCAAUAGCUCAAUAGAUGGCAUAAACAUUGGAUGCUUUCAAAAAACAGUAUUAGUAACUUGGAAUUAGAUUUGAAAAAUUGAUAUAAGACAUAAGUAGCAUAGAGAGAGAAAGAGAUUAAAAAAGAGCUAAGAUAUGAAAGAAAAAUCACUCAUCUCUAACAUAAAUCUAACAGUAGUCCCAAAAGAAGAGAAUGAGGAAAAUGGCAGAAAAACACUAUUUGAAGACCUUUUAAAAUUUUCCAUGCUUGAAAAAAGAUGCAAGCAUCAAUUAGAGGAUUGAGCAGUAUAAAUAAAGAUAAGUGCAUAGCUAGAAACAUUGCAGUAAAGUUACAGUAUCUCAAGGAUGAUGAGAAUGCCUUAAGAGAGUGAAAAGAAAAAUCAAGUACAAUGAAUGAUAGACUGAUAGCAGAAAUCUGAUCAAUGCGAUAGUUGUUAGAAGACCAAUGAUCAAAAUAGUCAAAGUGCCAGGGGUGAAAAUAUUUUUAUACCCACCUCAAUUAUUGUUCAAUUUUGAGGUGAAAAUAAAGGCAUUACAAUAUACACGGAGACUGAGAAUUUACUACCUAUGGAUUGUCAUUAAAAGGGACUAUUCAAAGAGGCACCCUCCUAAACAGAAAAGUGGAUCCAAUGGGAAGCUAUAUGAUAAAUGAAACAAAGAUGAUCCCAGAAAUAGGAAAACUUGUGAAUUCUGAUUGAGAAAUAAUAACUUAUUCAUAAUAAAUUUAUGAUUAAGAAUAAUAAUAUGCUUAACAUUUUUAAUGGAAAAAUAAAUAUGUAGACUGCAAUAACAAGAGAGUAGUCAUUCAAACAGGAGUUACAAUAUGCUAAGUUAUGUUAUAUUUAUGGUGAAUUUAGAAAUACUAAAUUAAACAUCAGAGAAAUGGCAUGUGAGAAAGAAAAAAGGGAAAAAUAAAAAUAAAUGAAAUGAAUGAAACCAAAAUCGCAAAAUAAAAAUGCUGUUAAAUGUAAGUAGAUUAAAUUCACCUAUGAAAAGGCACAGAUAAUCUUGUUACAUUAAAAACAUCAAAAUGUAGUCAUAUGGUCCUUAUAAAAGAAAUGGCAAAAACCAGCCAACAAUCACACGGAAGUUUGAAAAUAAAAGGACGGAAAUACUAACAAAGUUGUAACUCCAGCAACAAAAAUUAAAGAGUGAUAUGAAAGAUUUGGAAAACAAAAUUAGCAGUUUUGAUUUAAGUUUACAUAGAAUGUGAUUUGACUGUGUCCUCACCUCAUCUGGAAUUGUAAUCCAGAUUGUAAUCCCUGCGUGUUGAGGGAGGGACUUGGUGGGAGGCGACUGGAUUAUGGGAGCAGCUUCCCACAUGCUGUUCUCGUGAUAUUGAGUGAGUUCUCAUGAGAUCUAAUUGUUUGAUUAGUAUCUGGUGCUUCCUGCUUCUCUCUCUCUCUCUCCUGUCACCAUGUAAGAUGUGUCUCUCUUCCCCUUCGCCUUCCACCCUGAUUGUAACUUUUCUGAGGCUCCCUCAGCCAUGCAGAACCCAGGUUCCCUUGCGUCAGAAGCCGAGGAGGAAAACUCAAGGUUUUCUCACGAUGAGUCGGAGGAGGAUAUCGUGUAAAGAUCUGGGCCAUGCUGACUGCCAAGGGUGGCUGUAUAAGAAAAAGGAAAAGGGAAGUUUCCUAAGCAACAAAUGGAAAAAGUUCUGGGUGAUACUGAAGGGGUCGUCACUGUACUGGUAUAGCAAUCAAAUGGCAGAGAAAGCUGAUGGAUUUGUCAACCUGCCUGAUUUCACUGUGGAAAGAGCAUCCGAAUGCAAGAAAAAACAUGCUUUUAAGAUCAGCCAUCCACAGAUCAAGACCUUUUAUUUUGCAGCUGAGAAUGUGCAGGAAAUGAAUGUGUGGUUAAAUAAACUUGGAUUGGCUGUAAUCCAUCAGGAAUCCACUCCAAAGGAUGAAGAAUGUUACAGUGAAAGUGAACAGGAAGAUCCUGAAAUAGCUGCAGAGACACCACCCCCUCCUCACGCUUCCCAGACUCAGUCUUCGGCUGCACAGCAGGCAUCUUCAUCCUCACCCAGCCUGAGUGGAACAUCGUGUUCUUUCUCUUCCCUGGAAAAUGCAAUGAAGACACCCAGCAGUUUUCCUUCCUCCUUAUCUAAAGAGAGACAAUCCUUGCCCGACACAGUUAACAGUUCAUCUGCUGCUGAAGAUGAGGGACAACCAAUAACGUUUGCUGUACAAGUUCAUUCACCUGCACCCUCAGAGGCAGGCAGCCACAAGGCCCCGGAAAACAGCUUUGUCACAUCAGAAAGUGGGUUUUUGAACUCUUUAUCUAGUGAUGAUACUUCUUCAUUGAGUAGCAAUCAUGACCAUCUUACUGUCCCGGAUAAGCCUGCUGGAUCAAAGAUCAUGGACAAAGAAGAGAUAAAAGUGUCUGAAGAUGACGAAAUGGAGAAGCUGUACAAAUCGUUAGAGCAAGCUAGUCUAUCUCCUCUUGGGGACCGACGGCCUUCGACUAAAAAGGAGUUGAGAAAAUCCUUUGUUAAGCGGUGUAAAAAUCCAUCUAUAAAUGAGAAACUCCACAAAAUCCGAACAUUGAAUAGCACAUUAAAGUGUAAAGAACAUGAUCUGGCCAUGAUUAACCAGUUGCUGGAUGACCCGAAGCUGACAGCCAGGAAAUACAGAGAGUGGAAAGUCAUGAACACCCUGCUGAUCCAGGACAUCUAUCAGCAGCAGCAGGCUUCGCCUUCUCCUGAUGACACUGAUGACACCCCCCAGGAACUCAAGAAAUCACCUUCUUCUCCCUGUGUUGAAAAUUCCAUUUGAGACACAAAGUCAGGGUUUUAUCCUCUUAUAUUUUAUCACAAGCAACUCUUCAAGAUAUUGCAAAAGCUUACAUUUUUCCUUAAAAGGAAAACUGAAUCCCAGUCCCUCAAGCAUCAGCUUCCCAUCUAAAGAUGCAUCUUACAUGAAGACAAUCACCAAAUACACCAGAGCUCCUCAUUCCAGUCGUAACGCAUCCAUUGAGACUGGAAUGAUUGAGUUCAGUUGAAAGGCGUUUUUUGUGUUCCUACUGGGAGCUCAUGGUGAUGCAGGGCUCUAGGAGGGAUGUGAGAAAUGUCUCUUCUGUUCCUUGCUCUCCAGAGAAUGCUAUGGGCAAAAAUCAAAUUUUACCGGGAAUAAUUGUCCACGGAAACAUUCUGUUUUUCAAAAGAAGAAUGUACAUAUGCCACUUGGCUGGGAAGCUGUGUGGUCCAAAUCACUUUCUGAGUGGAGGAAUGUUUUCUAUAGCAGUGACUGCAAGGACAAACGUGGUGUUGCAGAGCAAAAAUUCCUUGCCUUUGGUAUAGAGUGGUGGUGCCUUUUCCACGUGUUGAGAAAUACUUAAUAGACAGUGGCGUGUGGGAGAGCUGAAGGAGGAGGCAUGUUCCAUAUUCCACUCACUCAAAGGACAGCUUAGUGUUUUCACACUUUGUGCAGGUUAGGGGAUCUGAUUAAUGUUUCCUUUCCUUACAACAGCUAGAGAAAACAUCUCAUCACAAUUGGAGACCUCUACUCCCUUUGAACUUUCCUACUCAACGGUAGGAGAUAGUAAUAUGUCCAGCAAAGAAUGUCUACUGCUCUUGUCCUUGGCUGUGAUCCCUAUACAUAGUGUGAAUUUAUAUCCAGAUUUCCCAGGAUCAAUAUUGACAAGAUGACUUUGGCAUCUGAAUUGUUUUAAUAUCUUUACUCAAAAACAAAAAACAAAAACCCACAGAAACAACAAAAGAGUUAAACAUGAUGGUUUUAUUUUUGUAUGUUUAUAUGUCACUUGUGUGCUAUGUGAAUAGCUAUCUAUGUUUGUUAUUUAAAUAUAUUUAUAGAAGUUCAAAUUACUAGUGUUUUAAAAGAUGAUAUACUAUUAUAUAUUGUGCUUAGUAUAUAUUUGAUGAGUCUAGACUUUUUGCUUGAGAAAAAUAGAAAUACUAUUGAUUCACUGGUGUUACGAUGUUGCACUAUAAUGUCUGAGGAAUGCUCAGGAAAUCUUGUGGGAAAAAAAUGGGGCAUGCAUUCAUAAUUUUUCUUUUUCUUCCCCACCCCAAACUCCAUGAGCUCUUACAUUUAGAUUUCUAUCUCCUGUCAGUCACUCUUUUAACCAGAAAAGGAUUUUCAUCUUAGAUUAUCCUUUCUAUUAAAUAAACUUUAAGCUUUGUGCCAUUUAUGCCUGCAAACCUUAGAUCAAAGGCAACACAACUAGUGUCAUCUUUUCAUUAAAGACUAAUAGAAAUUUGGAAAUCAUUGUGGUAAAGAGAGCUCAUAGAGAAACAAUAUGAAAGUCUUCCCUUACUAAUCACCAUGAAUAUUUCUCAUCAUAGGAAUAACCACAACCCACCAAGUACCCAUGUUGGCCGUGCCUACCCCUAACAAAUUGUUGACAUAACCAUUUUGUUUUAUAGCUUCAAAGUGUGGCUUGACAUUCAAAUGGAAGAAACCACUUGAAUUAUAUCUGCAAACAAAAUGGAAAGAGUUGUUGAGUAUUUCCCCAAGCUUUACUAAGAAGCCUUAAUACUCUGUAAACAAGCAAACAAACAAAAAACAACCUUAGCAUUAAGAAAUAAAAAUAAAAAACAAGAAGCAAGUUAUACUACUAGAAGCUUCUCUAAGAUAAGAGGCCAGGCCAAUCAGUUUGGCCCAGCAAACAUGUGGGUACUUCUCCACCUAGGGAAGCUAGUGAAGAUGAGUUUGACCUGUGGUGACCUGACGGAGAGAACAUUCAGAUCCUCAGAUUGCACCCUGAUGCCCUGGUUUGGGAGAGCAGUGCUUUAACCUUUUGGCCCUGGAAACUACUGAUUCUUUCUGUGAUUAGCAGAUACUAGAAGGGAAAUUAUUUAGGAUUGGCAAUGUAAAGAGUAUUGAAGGAACGGCAAAUAACAAUAGCAGAAAUAACAGUGUGACACGAAGUACCUUUCCAUCUAUUUUUCUUUGGUUUGCAACACCAACCUGUAGACUUCCAGUUUUUCUUAAAUUGAAGAGCUCCAGACACUUUUGAGCAGGGUUUGUGAAUACCUUCGAAUGCUUUCCUUUGGCUUCUCUUGAAGACAUAUUUCCCCAGCCUUUCAAUGUUACUUUAGUACCAUUCAAACUAAAUUACUUUAGUACCAUUCAAACUUAAAGGCAAAAAAGAUCCCUGGGAUUACUUAGCCAAGGCUUAAAGUUAUUUUUCAAAGAUACGUCAAGAACGUUAGCCUAGAAGUUUUCGCUUUGCUAGUUAAAGAUGACUGCAGAGCUUCCCAAAGUGAAAGUAAAACUGAACUUCACAAUUUUGCACCUAGCUUUCUGGAGCCCCAUUGCCUGCUCAUUUGUGUUUUUCCCCCUGUAAAGUCUUUUGCUUUUGACCAGGUUGUGCUACAAAGUAGGGCUGCUUCUGUGAGUUCUCAGCCUAGGUUGUGGACACUGAGACGUGGGUGGGGAGAUAGACAGGAGUGAAAGGGAUAGUGGGUGACACUUUCCAUGACACUCAAUGUAGGAAGACGGGCUUCUCUCUUGGCCUCAUGCCACUUUUCUGGUCCAAAGAAUAUUGGGAAAACUGGAUUACUUUCAGCAUAUUUCUUGAGACCAGGUCAUCUCUGAAAUGCAUUUGGGGUAGUUUCAUGGGGUCCAAGGGCCAACUCCUAUACCCAGUUCUACAGUGUCUGUGAACUGUGGAAUGAGAGAGAAAACCGUGGCUGCUCAGGAAGGAAGUGGAGAAUCUCUCAGCACAUGUAGAUCCAAAUCUGUGGCACCUGCUAAAGAUUAGGAUUUGGAGAGGACUCCUCUUUGGGGUUGUGAAGAGGACCUUAUCCCUCUAUUGUUAGCGUGUAGAUCCAGAACGGAGCCUGAUGGGAUGCCCUCACUGGUUAAUAUAUUGCAAAUAGACAUGCUGGGCCCUACAUUGGAAGGGCCUCUGUUGCUUUAAAGAAUUCUUAGCUUUGCCACAAGAGCUCAAAUCUCAGAGUAGGAUCAAAGGCCUAAAGUAUAGAAUUACAAAGACUCCAGGAAGCGUAAGAAAGAGAUUGUGUCUGGAGUCAGAUUUCAAUGUGAAACCCAUGCCUUAUAUUUACACAGCACUUUGUAGUUUGCAAAUGGGUGUGUUUUCAGCCCCCUCCCGCUGCCCCACGCUCUGUGUGAGAUGAUUGUGGAUUAUUACAGUGAAGUGCCUGGCCCAGAGCCCCAAGUGGUAAAGCAGGAACUUGAGUCUCAGGACUCCCAGCGGCUCUCUGCCCUUUCCCUUCUCUCCGCCCCCCACCUUGCUUCACCUGUUACCUUGUUAAGUUGCUGUUGGCACACAGCCUACUAGGAAACCAAGAAGUUUGACUUGGAGUGUGUGUUUCAUUGCACUGGGUUCAGCAUAGGGCCGGCCCUGGUGGCUGUUAGGCUACAUUCUCCAUUUGAAACCUAAGGCGCCCUCUCUGUGCUUGAGCACAGUCUCCUCCUAAUGGCCCUGCCUCAACCUGCUGGUGGGCUGUCUGUGGAUUGAGUUUUCACUUAAUCAUGCUGUGUUUCCUUUCCUUUCUGUACGUUAGACUACUUGGGAAGUGCUGUGAGAUCCUUGGAUGAAAACAUGUAUUUAAAGAAAUGGAGAGUGUUUAUUUUGUUUGCUUUUUGAGGCAUGUGCUGUCAGAUGUCAGAGACCCAAGUUAGUAAUUAGAGGUUGGUCCUUUGACCUUCUUCUCUUAAUUGCUUUUCAUGUAAUCAUGAUAAUUUACUCAGGUAGCACUCCAGUCACAAACAAUGUCACAGAAACAGAUUCAAAGAAAAAAUGUUUUUAAGUCUUGAAAAGAAGUGCUAUUCAAAUUUAAGCCAUGUUUAAAUUCGUAGGUACAUUAUCUCUUAGUAAGAAAGACUUUUUUUUUUUAAACGGAGUCUCACUCUAUUGCCCAGGCUGGAGUGCAGUGGCGCAAUCUCAGCUCACUGCAACCUCUGCCUCCCGGGUUCAAGUGAUUCUCCUGCCUCAGCCUCCCGAGUAGCUGGGACUAUGCCCAGCUAAUUUUUAUAUUUUUAGUAGAGACCGGGGUUUACCAUGUUGCCCUGGCUGGUUUCAAACUCCUGACUUCAGGUGAUCCGCCUGCCUCUGCCUCCCAAAGUGCUGGGAUUACAGGCGUGAGCCACCACCCUCGGCCAAAAGACAGUAUUUUGACAGAGCCACAUACAUGAUUUAAUGAGUAAUGUUAAGUACAGAAAAGCUGCCGUAUCCACAUAAAGUUUUAGGGGGCAUUUCUUCUUCAGUCUAACAAGAAUGUGAUAUCCGAUUGUGGUUUUCCUCUCUUCCAGUUUUUUUUUUGUAUACCUCACAGGAGAAAUCGAGUCCUAGAACUGGGAGAUGACUGCCCUGCCCAGGGUUUUGUAAUACAUAAUUGAAAAUAAAAGCCCCUAAAACUAAA